AUGGUCGACAUUCUUUACCAAAUCUUCCUCCUCUCGCCGUCACCUCCUCCACUAACUCUGCCUCCUCUCGCCGUCACCUCCCCUACGCCACUUCUACCAACUCUGCCUCCUCUCGCCGUCACCUUCCCCACCAACUCCACCUCAACAAACUCUGUCACCUCAUGCCAUCACCUCCUCCGCAAACUCUGCCUCCUCUCGCCAUCACCUCCUCCACGCAACCUCCACCAACUCUGCCUCCUCUCGCCGUCACCUACCCCACCAACUCUGUCUCCUCUCGCCAUCACCUCCUCCACGCAACCUCCACCAACUCUGCCUCCUCUCGCCGUCACCUACCCCACCAACUCUGUCUCCUCUCGCCAUCGCCUCCCCCACGCCACCUCCACGAACUCUUCCUCCUCUCGCCGUCACCUACCCCACCAACUCUGUCUCCAUUCGCCAUCACCUCCUCAACGCAACCUCCACCAACUCUUCCUCCUCUCGCCGUCACCUCCUCCACUAACUCUGCCUCCUCUCGCCGUCAUCUCCUCCACCAACUCUGACUCCUCUCGCCGUCACCUCCUCCAUACCACCUCCACCAACUCUGACUCCUCUCGCCAUCACCUCCUCCAUACCACUCCACCAACUUAG